AGCGAACCGACUACGAACCAGCACUUUUGUUAGAGCCAGCAGGGGGUUGGUUUAUAUAUUGCCGAAGCAAUUGGAGAUAAUUUGUUUUAAUUUAUCGAUUGAGGUGACCAGUAUCUAAAGUACAGCCGGAGAGUUAGUCUAAUGGAUAGUAAUCGGUGGCAAGAUAAAGUGGCCGUUGUGACCGGUGCCAGUUCAGGAAUUGGGGCCUGUAUUGCCCAGAACUUAGCAAAUUCGGGGUUGACAGUGAUUGGAUUAGCAAGACGUGUUGAACUUAUCGAUGACCUAAGCAAAAAUGUUUCGGGAAAUGGAAAAAUUUACUCAAGAAAAUGUGAUUUAACAAAUGAGUCGGAAGUUCAGGAAACUUUCCAAUGGAUUAAGGACAACUUUAGUGGAAUUGAUGUGUUUGUUAACAAUGCGGGAUGCAUAAAAGCGGCAUUUCUAUUAGAUAGCCCAACAGGUGAUUUGAAGCAACUCUUCGAUCUGAACUGUGUCUCAACGUGCGUAUGCGUUCGUGAGGCAAUUCGAAUGAUGCGAGAAAAGGAUGAUACAGGACACAUAUUUAUUAUCAACAGUGUCCUUGGUCAUCGAGUCCCAGACGUACCAGUUCCAUUAUUCAGUGUCUAUCCUUCAACAAAGCACGCACUUACGGCUCUUUGCCAGACAGUUCGCCAGGAGAUCAAUUUUCAUAAAUUGAAUAUAAAACUGACGAGUAUCAGUCCUGGGAUGGUUGAUACGGAUUUACUGGCCGUAUACGAUUUAUCGAUGUAUGCCCAAUUACCGAAGUUGCAGGCCAACGAUGUUGCUCAGGCUGUGAUGUAUGCCUUGAACACUCCAGACCAUGUGCAAAUUGACGAUAUUGUUCUGCAAGCGAGAUUCCAACACAAGUAAGACGGGCGGAAUAAAUGGAUGAUUGGAAUGGGACCAAAGGCUAACACCAAAUGACCGCAUAUCGGCAAAGGAGAAUACGGACGAGAGGAUAAAAGAAUGAAAAUUUUCCAAGAAUUGCACUUGUAUAAUCUUCAAAAAGAUAAGUUUUAUUCUCGUUUAAUGGACUUCUGGCUGCUGGUGGCUUUCGACUGCUCCUUCCGGAAUGUAUUUUCUUUCCUUAACAAAAACUUUGCAUCCUGUCUGACGAUAAUUUUUACGGUAACUUUAUGUUCUGCUCUUGUUAUGAUUUCUACAUAAAAUCUUGAUUUUAUUGGGAAUAUGAUAGUUGUCUCUGGUCGUAUAAAAGACAAAUAAAUUUCUGCAGCAUUGUAUCUAGAUACCGACCAUAUUUAUAUAUCCAUUCAGAAAUAUAUUGAUUUUAUUACUCGAUUUA